AGGCGGGGCCGCUCCGAGGAUGGACUUCGCGCAGCGGGAGGUGCUUCCGGGACAGAGGGCGGGCAAGAUGGCGGCGCCCAUGGAGCUGUACUGCUGGUCGGGGGGCUGGGGGCUGCCGUCGGUGGACUUGGACAGCCUGACCGUGCUGACCUAUGCCAGAUUUACUGGUGCCCCACUCAAAGUGCACAAGAUCACCAAUCCCUGGCGGAGCCCUUCAGGGACUCUGCCUGCCCUUCGUACAAGUCAUGGAGAAGUCAUCUUGAUGCCACACAAAAUCAUCACGCAUCUUCAGAAAGAGAAAUAUAAUGCUGAUUAUGACCUGUCAGCCCGACAAAGGGCAGACACACUGGCCUUUAUGUCUCUUGUGGAAGAGAAGCUACUCCCAGUGCUGAUACAUACUUUCUGGGUAGAUGCCAAGAACUAUGUGGAAGUGACCCGGAAAUGGUAUGCAGAGGCUAUGCCCUUUCCCCUCAACUUCUUUCUGCCUGGCCGUAUGCAGCGGCAGUACAUAGAGCGUUUGCAGCUGCUGUGUGGGGAGCAUAGGCCAGAGAAUGAGGAAGAGCUGGAAAAGGAGCUGUAUCAGGAAGCUCGGGAGUGCCUGACACUUCUUUCUCAGCGCCUGGGUUCUCAGAAGUUCUUCUUUGGAGAUGCCCCUGCCUCCUUGGACGCCUUUGUCUUUAGCCACUUGGCCCUGCUGCUCCAGGCCAAGAUGCCCAGCGGGAAGCUGCAGACCCACUUUCGGGGGCUGCACAACCUCUGCACAUAUUGCAGCCAAAUUAUCAGCCUCUACUUCCCUUGGGAAGGAGCUGAGGUACCUCCACCACGCUUGACACCAGCAGGCCCAGAAACUGAGGAAGAGCCCUACCGGCGCCGGAACCAGAUCCUAUCUGUACUGGCAGGACUGGCAGCCAUGGUGGGCUAUGCUUUGCUCAGUGGCAUUGUCUCCAUCCAGCGGGCAACGCCUGCGCGGGCUCCAGGUGCAAGGACCCUGAGCAUGGCUGAGGAAGAUGAAGAGGAAUAAGUUGUCCCCAUCUCGUGGGAUUGAUUUUUUCUACUAUCAUGCAUUCCAGAGGCCACAUGCCUCCCUGAUGUCAGCACAGCCAGAAAGGGGGUGACACCCCCAAAAUAAACCUACUCAC